AUGCCGCGCGCCUCUGACGUUGCACUGGCGCCCGACGUGAGCGACUCGGAGAGUUCGCUCUGCGAGAGCGAACUGGAGCUCGAGAUGGCGUAUGGCGACGGACCCAUUGCGCCGCUGCGGGCAGAGGCGCCGAGCGCGGCCGACGACGUGGGAGCGAUCGAGAAGAGCACAGGCGCCGGCGGUCUGCAGCGCCUGUGCAGCAGUCGCGACGGCGGCCGUCGGGCGCGGACACCGACGCGACGGAGCGCUGAGGCGCCGCGAGUCGGCGGUGCAAAGCGACUGAUGAACGUCCACCCGAUACGUUCCGCGGGGUAUCUGAUGCACCCGAACGAACUGCCGCUGGGCGCGCGCAAGCAGCAGCGCUGGCUCAACGAUCACCACUUUGGGAAUCGUGCGGCGUCGACGCGGUUGGAAGAUUUGAUGGAGCACAUGAACAUUAGUGUGGAGUGGAGGUCGAACUUUACGAAGUUGGCCGAGCCGCAGAAUGAAGCGUUGCAGACUGAGUUCCGUCAAGGGGGAGGCGUACGGGAGCCCGAGGUAUGCCGUGGGCCAUGUAAUCGACGCAACGACAAGUGGAGCGAUGCCGAGCAAAUGUUUACUCGUGUCGACCGGCGUGCGCGAACGUUGUUGCUGCGGUCGCUGCAUUCGCUGGCGCCGUUCAUUGAGGCAGUUGAAUGCGUGGUCUUGCACUUCAUUCAGUGGCGAGAGGUGCCAUCAGAGGUGGAAAUAGCGGCACCGCUGCUAUGUAUGCUGAAACACCCGAUGGAGUUGGUGAAAGUGUGCGAGAAAGACGUGCGGCUGAUCAUACCGCUGUUGGACUCGGCCUUCCACCGCCUGAUCAUACACAGCGUCUGCCAGUUCUACGGUGUGCGAUCACGAACCGAGGUCAAUCGUCGCCUGAACACAAAGAUCAUGGUUCUGAAGAGUCCCAAGAAGAGGAGCUCGGACGAGGACUUGGCCCAGAUAUCGCUGUGCGACUUUAUCCGCGAAACGCGCGUUGCUCGCCGUCAUGGGGCUGCAGCCUUGCUCGAGAAAGUCACAGACAAUUGCAAUGCACUCGAGCUACAGUCCAAGAGCAGCGAGUGUAGCGAUGGAUUCUGCCUUGUGGAAGCCCCGCAGGUGUAG